CCCCGCCCCCGCCGCCUCAGCGCUGCCCGGAGCGUCCAACAGCGCUGCCAUCGCUCUGCUCUAACCCGCCCCGAGCCGAGGAAUCACUGAGCAUCACACAGAGCCUCCUUUGACCGUUUCUCCUGGACUGUGCUUCUUUUGCAUAUGUUUGGUGGAAAGCUCGAUCUUGUACUUGAGAGUCACAGCAUGAGACCAUGGCURUUGUCCAGAUAAAACUCUUCAAUCCUGAGAGAAGGGAGUUCCAAACACUGGAACAGCUGACUGAACUGAAGUGGAAUAGAAACUGGAACUAAGCAAGUGAGGUUCCUGAACAAAUACAUGUAGUAGUAAGCUGGACUUUGCACAGGAGGCGAAAAGCCUGACAUUCCUGAAAAUGGCAGCYGAGACAUCCACAGAAGUUGUAAAAACAGCUAAACAAUUCGUCCUUAAGGAAGAGGUAAUUGUAGAAAGACAAUGGUUGAAGCUUGCAGAAACAACUUACACUGAUCCCUUCGGUAAAACCAGAACUUGGGAAACUGUAAAGCGUACUGGCAACAAAAAGGGAGUUACAGCUGAUGGUGUAGCAGUGAUAGCAGUGCUMCAGAGAACUCUGCACUACGACUGCAUUGUCCUGGUGAAACAGUUCAGGCCYCCAAUCAAUGGCUACUGCUUGGAAUUUCCUGCAGGCCUCAUUGAGGAAAACGAGUCAGCAGAAAGCGCUGCACUUCGAGAGCUGAARGAAGAAACUGGGUACAAGGGGGAAGUCAUUGAAUGUACUCCAGCUCUGUGCUUGGACCCAGGUAUGUCAAACAGCACAACACACAUCGUGAGCGUCAUCAUUAACGGAGAUGAGGCUGAGAAUACGAGACCUAAGCAAAACCUUGGUGAGUUUUGUACCAUUUAUUUGAAAAUUUUGAGAAGAUAACAAAAGAAUGAGCUUAAAACAAUUAACCCCACCACUGCAUCUCAUGUGUCCUAGCUGAUUUGGAUGCUGCACCUCCUUCCAAUCAUGUCCUGCAGCCUCAAUAAGCAGAGUGUGUCUCUGCUGAAUCAAUGGGGUAGCCCAGAUGCAAAGUGUCAGCUGUUGGCACAUUCAGAAUAAAACAUUGCAGUGCCAAAUUUCACUGAGGGCCAUAAGCACUUGUGAACCUAGAUAUUGCUCAGUUGUAGCUUCACUCUGGAAUUAAAGUGAAACUCACAGUCAGUCAGCUGUCAAAUGCUUUUUAAUUGUAAACUCUGGUGUAUUUCAGUCCUUUAACUUACCUUUUUUUUUCACUUGUAGAUGAUGGAGGUAUGUAACGUGACURUGUUUCCAUUGACAAUAAGGUCAAGCCUGAUCUUCGUAUGGCAAGUUUUACUUAGCAAAAGUCAGUUAAAACUGGUUUUUAUUUGUGCUUGGGUAAUCUCCUGACCCUAAUCAAAUGUGCCUGAAGUUGACUUUGGCCUAGAUGCAAAUUCCUGUAGGGCAUUAUUGCAUCAAUUAUCUUUCCAAGUAUUGCACCUAUAGCACCAGUAUCUCAGGAAAUACAAAUUACUGAACCCUCAACAAGCUGUAAGUCAAACCCCAAAGACWUGUAAUUCAGAGAGACAGGGGAGGUGUAGGCCAAUAUAAGUUCAUCAUCAUGAACAAACCUUUUGUCUUUGUGCAGAUUGGGUCUUGAAAUGCAUCUCCAAUACAUUCCUGUACCAGGAGAAGCCAAACGAAAGUCCCCUUCAACAGUGCAUUUUCCAUUCUCAAAAUGCAGGUUUCUCCUUUUAGGAUUCUUAUCCUUCAUAGCUGUCAAGCUACUUUUUCUCCAACUGUUUCCCAGGUUCUUUCUGCCAAACCUGUUGUUUAAUGAACCAAGUCACUGCCUUCCCCCAUUUCAUUGACCUUUUUUUGAUAUAUGAGGGCUCACGACUUUUGGAUGGUGAUGAGCAUCAAGUCAUUUUCAUUCCCCUUCUAUGCAAGAAACAGGACACAGAGGUAAAUUUCUCUACUGUUCACUAAUUUAAGGGUGUGUAAAUCUUUUUCUUCUCUCCUAGAAUUUGUGGAAGUUG